AAACGUCAUACUAAAAUACCAACUGUAAUAAAAAAAAAAUUGAAGUACCAGCAGAAAAGAGGGGAGAGUAAAACCGAUUGAGGUUUCUGUAUUGGCUUGCCCUUUAUUGUCCACUGAUGCAGGAAUGUGAAGGAUGCUCUGCGUCCACCUGAUACUGCUCUGCGCCCGGGGGAGGGUCUCUCCAGUCUCCGCUCUGCCAUAACUCGGCCCAGCUCUGGCAGGCGGACACGCAUCCUUUGAGAGAUCUACUGGAAACAUGAUCACUGAGGGAGCCUAAACGCAUUCCUCGGCUCCGGUCAGACGAUUCGACGUCUUCAUGUGUUAUUCUCCAAAGACCAGACGAGCGAGGAGAGGAGAGGAGUGGAGACGGGGCGUCGGGUACAACAACAACAACAACAACAACAAGAAGCGGGAGCCGACAUCAUCAGCCGCCGCGGCGUGAGCGACGAGUUCAUCAUAAAGCUACGGUUUCCAAGAGGUCGUCCUCUGUUGAUCCGAAGCCCCAAGAACUCUGAAGAACGUUCCGGCACUGCCGUUAUCCCGACUUGUCUCUUCAUUCAUACUUUUGGUAACUUCCAGGAAGUGAUGAAGAUUUAGGGAAGAAAACCUCCCCAGUAAAUCACAAAGACAAACAGCUCGUAUCACAUGAUUGCUAUGGAGUGACGGGUCACAGCAGCUUUGAGUGGAACUUGACCAUGGUGUUGUUUCUGAUCGGAUCCUCCAUCACUGUCAACAAUUCAUCUCAUGACAACCGAACUGCAGAAAACCCCACCCACCACGGUGAUCACGUCCUGCCAUCGACUCUAAUCAUAUCCCUGCUUCUUAUCAUUGUUGUCCUGCUAACAAUCUACUGCCUGAGGUUUAAAAACCACAGGAAAGCCCUGGUCACAUCCGUGGAUAAGAAGAUUCCAAAUGGCUUCUUGGAGGAACAAGGAGAGCAGACAGUGGUCCUCCUCCCAAGAUCUCCCUCGCCGUCCAAGAGAUACUUCCCAAUCCCUCUGGACUCGAUGGAAGAGGAGUACCGGAUACGCUCCGCAGAUGACGGCAAACUCUUCAGAGAGGAGUUCAAUUCACUGCCGUGUUACUACCACCAUGGGUCCUUUGAGGAGGCAAGCAGGGAGCACAACAGAGAGAAAAACAGAUACCCAAACAUUUUACCAUACGAUCAUUCCAGGGUGAUACUCAGUCAGCUCGAUGGACAUCUGUGCUCAGACUACAUUAAUGCCUCUUGCAUAGAUGGAUAUAAAGAGAAGAACAAAUUCAUCGCAGCUCAAGGUCCCAAGCCUGAGACACUGGCUGAUUUCUGGCGAAUGAUUUGGGAGCAAAAAACCACAACGAUAGUGAUGCUGACAAAUUUGAAAGAAAGAAAGGAGGAGAAAUGCUGCCAGUACUGGCCGGAAAAAGGCUGCUGGAUGUACGGAAAUAUCCGCGUGGCGACUGAAGACGUCAUUGUGCUGGUGGACUACACCAUCAGAAAGUUCUGUGUUCAAUAUCAAGGCAGCGAUGGCGUUCGAGCUCCUCGGCUGGUCACCCAGCUCCACUUCACCAGCUGGCCAGACUUCGGGGUGCCGUUCACGCCGAUCGGAAUGCUAAAAUUCCUGAAGAAGGUCAAGGCUGUCAAUCCGUCAUAUGCUGGGCCUAUUGUUGUCCACUGCAGCGCCGGAGUCGGGAGGACGGGGACGUUCAUUGUCAUUGACAGCAUGAUCGACAUGAUGCACAUGGAGCAGCGAGUGGACGUCUUCGGCUUUGUGAGCAGAAUACGAGAGCAGCGCUGUCAACUCAUCCAGACAGACAUGCAGUACUCCUUUAUCUACCAGGCUCUGUUGGAGUACUAUCUGUACGGAGACACUGAGCUAGAUGUGUGCUCUCUGGAGGGCCAUCUGCAAAGGCUUCACAACACCAGGGCCCCCCACGACAGGCUGGGCCUGGAGGAGGAAUUCAGGAAGCUGACCAACGUUCGCAUUAUGAAGGAGAACAUGAGAACCGGGAACCUUCCAGCCAACAUGAGGAAGAACCGCGUGCUUCAGAUCAUCCCGUAUGAUUUCAACCGAGUAAUACUCUCAGUGAAAAGAGGACAGGAGUUCACCGACUACAUCAAUGCCUCCUUUAUUGAUGGCUACAGGCAGAAGGACUAUUUUAUCGCAACCCAGGGCCCCCUGUCUCACACUGUGGAGGACUUCUGGAGGAUGGUGUGGGAGUGGAGGUGUCACUCAAUCGUUAUGCUCACCGAACUCAAAGAAAGAGAGCAGGAAAAGUGUUUCCAGUAUUGGCCAUCAGAGGGCAGUAUAACAUUUGGAGACUACACAGUGGAGCUGAAACUGGAAACGCAGUGUGAAACCUUCACGCGCAGAGAUAUGGUUCUCUCCAACAAGCCAGAAAAACAGUCGCAACACGUCCGACACUUCCACUUCCACGGAUGGCCCGAGAUCGGAAUACCAGGAGAGGGAAGGGGGAUGAUUGACAUUAUUGCUGCUGUGCAGAGGCAGCAGCAGCAGUCUGGAAACCGUCCCAUAGUUGUACACUGCAGCGCCGGCGCGGGACGGACUGGCACCUUUAUUGCACUCAGCAACAUUCUGGAAAGAGUAAAAGCCGAAGGCCUCCUGGACGUAUUUCAGACAGUCAAGAGUUUACGCAUGCAAAGACCACACAUGGUUCAGACCGUGGAGCAAUAUGACUUCUGCUACAGAGUGGUCCAGGAUUUUAUCGACAUUUUCUCAGACUAUGCCAAUUUUAAAUAGGUCACUUUGUAUAUACAUCAGCCAAAUAAAAGUCUGCUUUGUUUUUUCUUGA